GGAACGUGGUGUCCAGCAAUGCUUGUGUGGAGAGAUCAGAGUUCAGCAGUGACCAGGUGGUCAGGUCUCACUACGAAGGCGUGGGAAGCAGUGAGUUCUUCUCUACCUUGUAGGAAUGCAGUAGAGAAUCUAGUGACGGUAAAGCCAACUGCGAUGAGGUGUUGAAGAAAUGAGGCUUCUUGCAGAUUUACCAUUCAAACCAGAUGAGAAUGAGCCCAUCAUGUAUCUCCUGACAUCUGGUAAGCUGCUGUAUAGUGUUUCCUGGGCUGUGGGUGACACUGGCUUCCCUUUGGCACCUGCAGUCUCAUCAACACAACCCAGCUGCACCAGGGCCAUGACAGCCUAUGACGAUGAGAGUCGUCUGCAUUGGAUCAGAGAGCUGCAGUUCGACCCCAACCACCCUGCUAACACGGUCCUCUCCGAACUUCUCAAGAAGGCCUGUGAUCUGAGAGAGCGAAAGCUGGGCUUCUUCCGCCUUCGACCCCUGGAGGCGGAGUUUGAUUUCACCACAGAGGAGCAGCUGGACGAGUCGAGACGCUUCCGUCUUCUGCAGCUCAGAAACUCUCGUGCCCCGGGCAUUGUGUCCUCCGAUCCUGUCCCUCUCCAUGACAGAGACAUCACAGAGAACAUGCUUGAAGAAUACAAUGGUUCUUCUCAUUCGUCCGUUGUGGAUGAAGAUUAUAUAACAUCUCAGAGAACACACUCUGUCUGCAACGUUGAAAAGAUACUCAGAUUAGCCAGAGAAAGCUUUUUGACCCUGAAGAGGAGAUACAAGUUUUCUGAUAUUGUUCAGGAGCACCAGGCCGAAGACUCAAGAAUAGAUUUCAACUGGGACAUGUUCCAACGAGCACGACCUUUGAACCCUAAGCGAGCAGUGAGUGAGAAAACCAGCGCCACCGCUGUCACGAAGGGGAACCUGAACAUCAACAUUGCAGUCAACAACGCCAGGGGACUCCCUGUUCGGCUAAAAGCCCACCUCAAGGAGAUGCAUGCGCGGACCUCAUGCUGUGGCCUGACGAGCAGUAGUCACAGCAUCAGACGCAACACAGAGAAGGUUAUGUCACAGGCUCAGGUUCAGCCCUUCGUCGAGGUUAGGUUUCAGGAGACAACCUAUGAGAGCCGUUUUGAGCAGGGACCCAGCCCCUGUUGGAGGGAAGAGUUCUCUCUGCAGUUGAAAUCCGAAGGUAAUGACUACAGUCGAGCUGGCCUCUCCAAAAUACUGGACAACAUUGUCAUCAAUCUGUUUGAUGAGCUUUCAUUUCAAGUCGUCGAGAGCAGCACGCUAAGGGGCUGUGGCACUCAGGGCUUCUCUGGUAGACAGUGGCUGGGCUCCGUCACUAUCCCCUUCAGAACUCUGCUGCAGCAGUCAAAGGUGUGUGAGACCCUAAGAAUCUGUAAUCCUGUGAUGUUGCUGGGCUAUACCUGGCCAGAGGAGGGUUUCCUUCAUGAGGACGGUACACAGAUCCAGAUGGAUGGAAACAACAGCUUCCUGGAUGUCUUCAUCGCCCUGGAUCCACCCGUCUCGCUCUGUUCAGAAGCCACCACCAGGCUACAGGCAUGCUAUUGUUACAGUACUGCGACGUGCUUGCAUGAUGAAGAUCAGAGACAACUUUGGCAGUUUCCCACUGAGGAGGAGGACCGGCUCCUGGACUGGACCUUUGACUUUGAGAAGCAGUGCAGAGAUGCAGCUGGAGGGAGGAAGCGUGUCAUCACCAUGGUGAUGAGCAGUGAGGGCAGACUGGUCUUGGCCACCAGGUUUUUCAGGCCACUUCCUCUUCCAGAGGAAGUGCUACAAGAUGUCCCUGGAGAUAGUCUCAUCUCUGUUUUAAAUAGGGUAGCAGCUUUCGUGUACCUGAUUCCUGUCCUGCCGUUCCCCUCUGAUGUUGGAGACUGUGGAGACAUGUGGUUCACAUCCGAGCAAUGCCUGAAGUGGGUGACAGGAAACCAUGUCAGUCUGGCAGUGCUCCUGUGCAACUUCUUCUGUCAUCUCCACACUAAGGCUUGGCUUGUCUUGGGAAAAUCAGUCGUGGAGGGUGAGACAGCUUAUGUCCUUACCAAGGAGCAUGCUUGCUAUACCUUGUGGAACCCUAGAGAUGGAAAACACUACCAGUCCUCAGAGUCCUACUGCCCCCUGCGCUCUGUGGACUGCUUAGUCAAUGGAGAAAACGUGUGGUUCAACAUGCAACGGGCGGUGAACACUGCUGUCCUUACGUUUGACACGGCCGAAAAUACCACAUGGAGACCUUUGUUCAAUACUGCUUGGAAGCAGGAAUCUUCUUCUGUGCCACAAGAGAUCAGGUAUCAUCCACCCAAUGUGGAUCUGGUCUGGCAGCUUCAGAAAAGGAUGGAGGUUAAACUAAAGAGCUGUGUGAUGGACUGGAGGAGACCCCACCCCACACGCUGGAGCCACCACUGCUCAGCCAAGCUCUCCAUGCUCCUGCCCCAUCUGGAGAAGUUCCCCGCCUCCUCGUCCUCCAUAAAGACCGAGACAGACAACCUGCUGGACUGCAUGCAGGACUACAAGGUGUCUGGCUUUCCCAUCCGGCUGGCCUAUCAGAACAUGGGUUCAGUGAUAGAGGCAGUGUACAACACACGGAUCCACAGCACAGAGAUACCUGGGACAGAGUUCGCCCUGGCCAUCUACGUCCACCCAUACCCUAACUACAUCCUGUCGGUUUGGAUCUUCCUUGCUACGCUGGUGAAACACCAGCGCGGUGCCUUUUAUAAUCCUGAGUGAGGGACUAGAGAAAAGCAUCACCUACAAUGGUUAACUGAGCUUAGCUCAGGAUCUACAGUCUCUAACGUAAUUCCACUGAUCCAAGAAUAAGAGGUAGACCAGGUGUCUCAGCCCUCCACAGGCAAAUGGGAACACCAAAGUCCAGUGCUUGUUUUCACAUUUCCUAAAUAUUAAAAAAGGCUCUGCUUUUGGAGAUUUUUUUCCAACAUAAUAUGUGCGCUUUCAGAGCAACAAAUAGAUGUGACAUUUGCCUGAUGGUGUUAGUACUUCAAAAUAAAAGACAAGGCACCACUGACAAAUUGCAUUUUAUAAAAUAAAAUAAUCGGUCUUGUAAGUGCACAGCACUCACUAGGCUACAUCUCUGUAUGAUUUUAAAGUUGUUAACAUGACACACUCUCACAGAAAGAAACUUUCAAUAAAUCAACCAGAAAGCAAAAUCUUAAAUUGAACAUAAAAAUGACACUGCGCAUAAAUAAAGAAAAACCAAAAGGUUCAUAAUGCAAAAUUGUGCAAAAACAUGUACAUAUCCCACCAUUAGUUGAAAAAAAUCCUUAAUUCUGCUAAAUAUUUCCAUCAAUACUCAUCACAGUGACACAGAGAAAGACUAAUAA